AUGAUUAAGACAACUCUUGCUCUGGCCCUAGCUGCCACAUGUGCCCUCGCUGCACCCUCAUCUUGCAACCAGGACAACUGCUUAAGGGCUCUUCUCGCACCAGCAAGACCUGCGGCUGCCGACUGCUCCAGCUACCUGGUGAAAACAACUACACCUGCUGCUGCCACAGUGACAGCCGUCGUCACCUCAUCCACAGCUCCCCAGAGCACACCUGCUCCUUCCGCUGUAUCAGCGACUAUUCCAACAUACGCAUCUGCGUGCUCUGGUGUCGUGAGAUACACUAGCGCCUGCUCCUGUGUUGGCGUUACUGCCACAACCGUUACCGCAGUAACUCCUACUGUAACAGUCACUGUGACCUCCACCACCCCGUCCUCAACUUCAUGCCCAAAGACCAACAUUAAACUCAAGGCAGUUGGAGGAGCUUACAACGGCCAAUAUGCCCAAUUGAUCAACAACUACUCGGGUAAGACAGUUGUCUUCGUCGACACUCUAGCUUCCGCCACAUCUUUCAACAUCGACUCCGCAAACCACAUCUCCGCCGUUGGCACCGGAGAUCUUCUCUACGGCAGCACUGUGAACUACUACACAGCCGCUUCCUUGCAAUUCAGCACCGUUGCGAAAAUCUUCCAGUAUGGAAAUUCGGGCUAUGCCACUUUCGACCUCGGAAGCGAUAACAAGAUCACCGUUACCAGUGCUGCUAAUUUGAAUGUUGUGCAAACUUGUGGCAACGUGUAUGAUGCUGGUGCGGGAGUUACUGUUUAUGACAAGCUAGUUACUGAUAGAGGAGAGGACACCACACCAUGCUUCUUGUUUGAUUUCUAUGCCGUCUGUUAG